AGCUAUCACUCCUACACUUAUUACCUGAAACUGGCUAAAAAGCGAAAGGAGACAUUGAGUAGCACACGACAGGAAAUGACAGUGAUGGUGAACUCAAUGGAUAAAAGCUAUGCUGAACAAGGCACCAACUGUGAUGAAGCUUUCUCUUUCAUGGACACACACAAUCUAAAUGGGAGAUCUGUAUCAUCACCCUCUUCAUUUACAAUGAAAACAAACACCCUGAGUACGACAGUUCCCACUUCAUAUUACCCAGAUCCAUUUGUGCCAACUGCAAUUUUAGUGCCAAUAAAUGAUGAAACUCAUACCGUCGGAAGUGACACAAGUAGCCUGGUCCAGUCACACACCUACAAGAAACGAGACCCUGUAGAUGUGCCAUACCAGACAGGCCAGCUUCAUCCAGCCAUUCGUGUUGCAGAUUUACUGCAACAUAUUACUCAGAUGAAAUGUGCAGAAGGCUAUGGAUUCAAGGAGGAAUAUGAGAGUUUCUUUGAAGGACAGUCUGCACCAUGGGACUCAGCUAAAAAAGAUGAGAACCGCAUGAAGAAUAGAUAUGGGAAUAUCAUUGCAUAUGAUCAUUCUCGAGUGAGACUUCAGCCUGUUGAAGGGGAAUUAAACUCAGACUACAUCAAUGGAAAUUAUAUUGACGGCUAUCAUCGACCAAAUCACUAUAUUGCUACUCAAGGACCAAUGCAAGAAACUAUAUAUGAUUUCUGGAGAAUGGUCUGGCAUGAAAAUACAGCAAGUAUAGUCAUGGUGACAAAUCUUGUGGAAGUGGGAAGG